AGUAGAGAGGAUGAUGAUACCUAGUGAGGGUUGGUAAAAUAUGAAUUCUUCUUCCUAGGCUCUGUUCGUAAUGUCAACCUCACUAUGUAAGCUGAAAUAUUCUUCUGUAUACUUUAUGAUGAUGUCGAAUAUCUUCGGAAUCCUUCGCGGUCUGAUAAAUCUCCGGAUUGAAGGAUCUCGUCGUCGCAGAUCUCUUUGUAGGUGUCAUGACCCCAUAGGACGCACCUCGGAUAGUGGACGCCUAUGUUUUAGCGACAUUUUAGGUGGAAGUUGAUGGAUUCGAGGCAAAUUGACAUUACCUGUCGGAGAAAGCCUGGAUGUAUACAUAAACUGACUCAGGAAUGACAUCAGCA